GAUUGCAGUCUUUCUCUGCUCAGACCGAGGGAUCUCUUGGAACUUACUGGUUUGUUUCUGCAGUACUUGACAAGAUCCCCUUUUGCAUAUGAGGAUAAAGAAGUCUGAGAGAAGGUCACUGAGGCACUUUUGCUAUACACCUCAUGAAAUGCUUUGAACUGGGCAUGUCCGGUUAGCGAAGGCUCAGGCUGGGGAGUUACGCUUUUGUUUGGUCACUCCUAACUCACUAAUUUGAGUAGAAGCGGGUGCAGAACAGACAAGCUGUUGAUGGAGUGAGUGUCCUGAAAUGCUGGCGAUCCGUUCUGCUCCUGUCAUAGGGCACCACUAGAAGCAUCACGGCAGGUCUGUUGACCUUUGGUUCGAUAUCCUCCUGCAUCUAAACGCCAUGUCCUCCAGCAUGGUUAGGAGAUCUUUUUGCUUGCUGCAUCCUGGGGUAAACACCCUGUGAUUAUGCAGUGUUAGGUGGGCAGUAGUGUGCUGUGCAAUAAUUGAGAGCAGCUUUCAAAUCCGGUUUUGCCUGUGAAUUAAAUGGGUGCUUUCACUGAGUGAGAAUCGAAUCAGCACAUCUGAAAGCUGUAGAAGUUGUCUCCUUCCACUGAGAAAGCAAAAGUAGCCUGUGGAAGUGUGUGUAUUUGGGGAUAGUGAAUCUGGGCUGGACCCCCAAGUUACAUGUGGUUUUUUGUUUUUGUUUUUUUUUUUUUUAAUAGAACACUGUGUUGGAUGUAUUCCAAAGACCCUGCCUGUGUUAUGGGGUUAAGAUUUGCUUGACCCAAGCAUAGAAGGGAUGCUCAGCAAGAAAUAAUUAGGCACUGCAGAAGAACAGAGCUUUAUUGCAGGGCCUGAAUAUAAUAAAUGAAAACAUUUGGACUGUCCUCAGCACUGCUUACCCAAACAAACAAGGGGCUGAGUUAAUCUUCCAGUAAGAAUACAAACUUCUAAUAUAUCUCAAGGGAGGUAUUAAACUUUUGGCUGCAGUUUUGACGCUUAGGGAGAUCUUCAGAGAACUUUUAUAAGCGCUUGGGAAGGUACAUCCUGUCUCUGUAAGCUUGACUUUUUCCAGGUUUUUGCACUCACCUUUACUGCUGCACUGAUAUAAGUACAGAUCUUCACUUGACUCCUGCCAUCAUCCAUUAAUUCUUUUUCUCCAGUUAGAGGUUGUUCUUAAGGUCCCAGUGACUGGUUUCUGUUGGUUUGGUUAGAGCUGUUCUGCUGAAGUUAGCUGUGUGCCGUAAACUUGGCUACUGAACACUGGAAUUAAAGUGUCUCUAAGCUCUUGUCCAAGGGUGGUGGUUUUUUACUGUCCUGCAUCUCCAGGCAGGCAUCUUUCUCCAUCCAGCGCAAAUACCUUGAUUCCUUCAGCCCCUUGCCUUGCAUUUGGUUCUCUGCACCUGUGUCAUUUAUUCUAGGUCCCGAUCCACUCUGAAAUCCCAUCAAGGCUCAUUUUACCAAGGAAAUGCAACCACAGUCUCUCCAGCACUUGCAGCAUCUAGCGAGUAUGUGUGCUCAGCAGUGCCAGCAUCUCAAGGAGGAGAAGGUUGUGAGCAGCCAGCAUUUGGGAUGUGCAGCAAGGGACCCCCAUCUUGAGGGGCCAGAUCAGCACUCCACCCCAGAGCCAGUGCUUCAGGGACAAGGAGAAUGUACCAAUUAAAAUUGUCCCAUCAGACCCAGUGGCAGCUGUAAAGCCCAGCCAUGUCCCCAGGGAGCUACCAGCCAUUGGUGUAAUGGUGAAGAAACAGAGGAAAAGGUGUGAAUGUGCUCACAUGUAAAGGCUUUCUGACAAAGAUCUGGGCAACUUCUUUGUGCUUCUGGGCUCUUCAGAAUGAAGGACAGUCGGCCCAAUAUGUCAAGACCUCUGAUCACUAGAUCCCCUGCAUCUCCAUUGAACAAUCAAGGCAUCCCCACUCCAGCACAGCUCACAAAAUCCAACGCACCAGUUCACAUUGAUGUGGGUGGGCACAUGUAUACCAGCAGCUUGGCCACGCUUACAAAAUAUCCUGAUUCCAGAAUUGGACGGCUUUUUGAUGGCACAGAGCCCAUUGUCCUCGACAGUCUCAAGCAGCAUUAUUUCAUUGACAGAGAUGGGCAGAUGUUCAGAUAUAUCUUGAAUUUUUUAAGGACAUCGAAACUCCUCAUUCCUGAUGAUUUCAAGGACUACAGUUUGUUAUAUGAAGAAGCAAAGUAUUUCCAGCUUCAGCCCAUGCUAGGAGAGAUGGAAAGGUGGAAACAGGACCGGGAGAGUGGCCGCUUCACAAAGUCUUGUGAGUGCCUGGUGGUGCGAGUUGCCCCAGAUCUUGGAGAGAGGAUUACACUGAGUGGCGAUAAGUCAUUGAUAGAAGAAGUGUUCCCAGAAAUCGGUGAUGUGAUGUGUAAUUCUGUCAACGCCGGCUGGAAUCACGACUCGACGCACGUCAUCCGAUUUCCACUGAACGGAUACUGUCACCUCAACUCAGUUCAGGUACUUGAGAGGUUACAGCAAAGAGGGUUUGAGAUUGUUGGCUCAUGUGGAGGUGGGGUGGACUCUUCCCAAUUCAGUGAAUACGUACUGAGACGAGAACUCAGAAGGACAUCUCGUGCACCCUCUGUCAUUCGAAUAAAGCAAGAGCCUCUGGACUAAAAUGGACAUGUUUCUUUAUGCAAAAAAAAAAAAAAAAAAAAGAAAGCAAAGAGGAAAAAAAAAGGGGACAUUUCAUGUGCAGUUUGGACUCCAAACAAGUCCUGGAACUAAAAUUGAAUAAAAGACACAUUUAUAUCAAAUAUAGAGACCACACCUGAAUUCAUACGGGAACACUUGGAAUAGUAGUGAUAAUAAUAAUAACCUCAAGAUAUAAAAGAAAACACACACAUAUAAAAAAUAUGUAUGUAUAUGUAUGUCUGUACAUAUAUAUAUGUAUGUAUAUGUCAAGGGGUAGGAAAUGCAAUGACAAAAAAGUGGUAGAUGAGGUUGGUGCUGUGAUGGCCAUUAAGUGUCCUAGGCCCUACCUGGGCCCACUUAACGGUGUACAAGCCAUUGCCAUGGGGGGGUUCAUAGACUACUCUUCACCCAUUUUCCAUUGCCAAGAAGCCAUCCACUUUUUAACGUGUACACACCUUGACUCAACUUUAUCUGCAUAUGGAGGUUUAUGUCUGUCUUUUUUAGAGGUGGAUGGGCAGGUGUUCAGGAGACGACCAUCCAUGGCAUUGGGAAGCUAGUCGACUGAAUUUUAAAUGUAGUUUGUACAGAAGUCGCACACUUUUUGUCUGCCCUCACAGAUGUGAAAGGUUAACUUUUCUUUUGAGUUAGUUUUUUUUUUGUUGUUUUUGUUUUGUGUUUUUCAAAGGGGGCCAGAAUAAUUAAUAUUUGGUAGAGAUGCUCUGGUUUGAAUCUGCUGCUUUCCUACAAUUUUUUCAAAUUUUAUAAUGUAUUAAAUACAAUAAACUCCUGUUUAAAAGAA